AUGGAGCUGCUCGAGCAAUACGGUAUAUGCGUAUACCGGCCGCAUGAGCUGUACCUUUUAAACGCAUGUCAACAGCACAACUAUCCGCUUGUACAGCGCCUCCUAAACGAUAGAGUGCUGCGGCCAGACUUUCUCCAGGAAGCGCAUACUACCGGUCUGCUACCUCGGAGUAGCAACUCCUACAGGGAACCGAAGGGGCAUAGCGUGCGUCAGACUAUCCUGCAUCGAUUUUGUCAAAACUUAUUUUACAACCCCGAGUACGCCGCUGAUGAUGUCAAGAUUCUACAAGCUCUCUUGACACAACCGGUACGUGUGAAUGCCGAAAAGUACAACAGCUCGCUGCUUCAGUACUCCUGUAUGAAUCUCGUAAGGAGCCACAGCCACGCAGAAGCCAUGAUAUCCUGUCUCAUUAGUCACGGGGCUGAUGUUAAGAAAUUGGAACGGGACAUGAGCUUUACUCUCCCCGCCAACUUGGACUUGAACGCCAGAAGCCGGUAUCUUCUCGACGUAACGAAGAGCGUCGUGGCCGUUAUUGAUCGGCCAAUUGCGUGGCUCAUGGCAAUUUGUAGAUCAGAGAAACCGGAGGCUCGGAAGCUCGUGCAAAGAUAUAUGGCUGAGAAUCCUAAAUCGCAGAAGGAUCGAGGGUUGAUCGGCGCCGCCAUGCGACAAGCGUGCACAGCCGAUAACGUAGGUGCCCUCGAAACACUCUUGGGUUACACUUAUGAUCCUCUGGCCUUUCUUUCCACCGCGGCGUCAGAAUAUCCUGCACAGGGGCGUGUGGUAGAGUAUCUCAAAGCCAUGGGCAUAGACUACAGCAAGGGAACACCGCUAAGAGGGUAA